AUGGACGGACUCCUUAAAGGUCUUUUUGGCGGAAAUACCGCGGGAGCUCCGAAAAAGGCGGAUGGAGACUUUCCCGACUUCUCGCCUCCAUCUGGUGCAGGAUCUGGGCCUCAAGUUGGGGCUGUGAGCGACGUCCCAUAUACAAAAUGGUACCGGGUAUGGGAGCGUACUUCGCCAAAGGAUUUCGCCCAGGAAGCAUUCAUCAUUCCGUUUAUCAUUAUAAUUGCCGUAUUGCACAUGUGGGGAGCUGGCAAAAACAGACGCAAGGCGAAGACAUGGGCUCAAGCAAAUAUCCCGGUGCUCUGCGACGAAUUCGCUGUUGUUGGAUAUAGUGGCGUGCCACGGAGUCCCAGCUCUAAUGAGGACAUCAAGAUCGAUGGCAAGAUAUUCAAGGAAAAGGCCAUCAAUGAGUUCACCACCUACGCUACGGGCCGUCAGAAUAUCGCCUUCGUCGACGUCACGAUCACGAUGUUGAAGCGUUACAACCCGCUGCUACUUUUUGGCGAAAUGCUUCUUGGGCUAUUUUUCGACGCCAUGGCUCCGUCUACUGAAAACGUAGAGGUUAUUGCAUACCCAUUCGAUGGCAAGGAGAAGGACCUUGUUCCCCCCACUCCGUUGGAUUUGGAAGUGGAUAAGAAAUCAAAGUCAGCACCUUCAACAUAUGAUGGUUUCGUAUUCGCUGUGGUACACAAGAAUGCUAUGCGCCGCCUAAGAGAAAAUCGCUAUGAUGUUUCAUUGACAUUCACCAAGGAAAACGCUAAGCUUCCCAGCUGGCUGACCGUCAUGAGCGAAAGUGCUGAGAUCACGGAUUUGAUGCUCGCCCCCGAGCUCAUCAAAGCUAUCGAGGAAGCUGGCGACUUGUUUGACUAUCUGGUCGUGACUGACCAGCCUAUGGAGAAACCCACAACUAUUGAAGAGGCUACUCCUCGGAAACGGACAAUUCUCUCUCUCCGUGUUCCAUCUUCCUCGGACGCUGCUGAUUAUGUAUCUUCGUCUAACAUGUUGAAAGCUUUCAUCCGCCUCUCUGAUCGUCUAGUGUCUGUCGCUCACUUCAGGCCAGAAGUGACCCGCAAGCUCCGCAACACUCGUGAGGAAGAGACUAAGAGAAUGAAGCGUGCUGACCUGGAAGAAAAGGCCGAGGAAAGGAAAACGAAUGCUGAGAAGAUCAAGAAGGAAGAACGCGAUCGUCUCCUACGCAAUAUGUCAGCUGACGAGCAAAAGAAAUUCCUCGCGAAGGAGAAAGAAAGAGAGCAAAAGCGGGAGAUGAAGAGACAGACACGAAAAGGAUAA